CCCCCACCCCCCGGCCCCGCCCCCAGGAGCUGGCCGCGUGCCAGGAGGCGAGUCAGGAGCACGAGCUGCUGAUGGGAGCCCUGACAGCGAUGCAGGAGAAGACUCAGCACCUGGAGAACAGCCUGAGCGCCGAGACCCGCAUCAAGCUGGACCUCUUCUCCGCCCUGGGCGACGCCAAGCGGCAGCUCGAGAUCGCACACGGGCAGCUCCAGCUGAAGGAGGCGGAGAUUGCGGAGCUGAAGCAGCGUGUGGCCGAGGCUCUGGCUGUCAUGCCGAGCUCCCUCUACCCCCCCGCGCCCUCCCACUCCUCCUCGGCCCCCCACUCCUCCUCGGCCCCCCACUCCUCCUCGGCCCCCCACUCCGGGCCGGCGGCCGGGGCCGGCGGCGGGGUCGGCGGGGGGGCCGGCGGGGGGGUGGGCGGGGGGGUCGGCGGGGGGGCCGGCGGGGGGGCCGGCAUGGUGGUCGUGGCUCCCCACUACUCGGCAAACUUCAUGGAGAAGGCGCCGGGGGGAGGCGGCUCCGUCGUGGUGGGGGGUAGCGGCGGCGGUG